UCCAAUGAGGUGUACCAGAGCUUAGGUCAGCCGCGGUUCCUGUUCUGUCCGACGGAAUACUGCACUUCUCGUGCCGUCCCUAACGUCCAGAACUCUGAAUACUUGAAUACAAUCGGCCGGACAUUAAUGAGUGGAAUCGAUAUCAUGUGGACCGGAAGUAAAGUGAUUACGCAUACGAUUACUGUUGAGUCCAUACAAGAGCUGUCAGAAGUGCUGCGCCGACCACCAGUCAUAUGGGAUAAUCUUCACGCCAAUGAUUACGACCAGAAGCGCAUAUUCCUCGGCCCCUAUAGCGGCAGAUCCACUGAUCUCAUCCCACACUUGCGAGGAGUGCUCACAAACCCUAACUGUGAAUAUGAGCCCAACUUUAUAGCGAUCCACACUUUGGCCCAAUGGACCAAAUGUAAGACUGACGCCAAGUGUCAGCUCAGUUCAGUCAGCGCUGACAUCAAACUCGAGGCCGAGAGUGAGAACGGAUCCAUCGAAGACAUACCCUUGCAUUUGAGUCCAACUGCUUAUCACCCAAAGAAAGCCCUCAGGAUUUCAAUCAUUGACUGGAUGUCUGAGUUUAACAAAUCCAAGACAGCUUAUGGUGGAUCCAACUCUUUCCUUCACCUCCCACUCGCACCCACUGUCCCCACAGUCAUCCCUAUUCCUGAAGUGGCCAAUGGUCUCAAUGAACCCAAAGUUGUGGACAUGAAUUCAAUUGCUUCCACUUCUUUGACUACUUCUGAAGACAUAGCGAUUGAAAAGAAUAGUGAGACAACCGGUGCUAAUGAGUCGGUGGCAGUGGAGGAAAGUGCGAUACUUAUCACUAAAGAUGUGAACCAAAUACUCGAACCAAUGGAUUGUAAUCCGAGUCCCAAUUUAUCACCAAAACAUGUAUUUGACGCUCAAAUGGAUGACUCGAAUCUAUUGAAAAGUGAAACGUUUGAGUCGUCCACAGAUUUGAUCCAUAAGAACGGCGCUAAUAGUGUCGACUCACAGGAAGAGAUGCAAACCGAGAGCUCUUCGGAAAUUGAUGACGAAAGCCGUUGCCAUCAGUUGACUGUUGAAGACAUAGCACUUUUGGUUGACUUAUUUUACUUGCCUUUCGAACACGGAGGACAGGGACUACAGUUCCUCAAUGAAUUCCAUUGGCUUAAAGCAAAUGGAUUUCUCGUUUCUGAAUAUCGACGCAAAAGGACUACAGAUCCUGAGGGACCAGAAGUGUCUGAAUGGUACACAAGAGCCACGAAAUUCGAUGAAAUGACUGCAUCUGUUGGACGACUGCUAACACGUCUAACGUUCUGCAAAAACCGUUCUCUUCUCUAUGACUUAUAUCCAUACGUUUGGGACAUCAAAGGAGUCAUCUCUCUCUUGAACUCAUACGUCAAAUGGCUCGCAUUGGGAAGAGUGCCGACAAGUGCUUUGAUUCAACCAAUUGGGUUCAUCCCUCCAGCCUUUACAUGGUUUUCCAAAGGCUAUAGGGAUGCCUUUCAAAGCGGGGAACAGGAACCGUGGGUUUUUAGAGGUGGUCUCACCGGAGAAUUACAGAGACUACUACCGGUUGAAACGGUUAGUGAUUUGUUUUUAUACAAAGCGCCGGAAUCUCCUUCGAGUCAGAUCUACACAAUCCGACCAUAUCUUCAAUCGGAUGAGACAUCUGUUUACGACGUCUGUCGCAAAACAUUUGCUUUGGAGAGAGAGAACAUGACUCUGGAAGAUAUGACAGACUUUGUGGGCGAUAAGUCAGUUGUCAGACAC